GGUUCGUUUGGACGCUCCGCUCCCGUAAUUCCCCUCAUUCCUCGUCGCCUCCUCGACGCUCCGACAUCUCCGUCGCCGGCGUGAACGGAAGACGGCCGGCAGCGAGCCUCCAGCCACCAGCCAUCCGAGGAUUCAACUGUUAAGCCAUACAAACUCGCUACUAAUGGUAAAAAGGUGCAACAUUAUAGGGAUCUGCUAGGUGUGAAGUGCAUAGUCCCAGUAAUUAAAAUACAGCAGCUGCAUUACAUCAGCUUUUCGGAAGCUGCUCUGGUAGAAUGAGAUAAUGAGGGUGUCUGGUGUUGGAGAUGGAUAAGGGGAGAAUCUAGUUUAUGUAUAUCUGUUUGAAAAAGGUGGCUAUGGAGGUGAAACAAAUCUAUCAUGAGAAGCAGAGGUUACAAUUUUGUCUGUUGCAUGCGCUAAAUAACCUGCUUCAGGAAAAGGACUCAUUCACUCGAGUUGAGUUGGAUGCCAUUGCUGAUAAACUUGUGAUUGAAGAUCCUAACAGGGAUUCAUGGACUCCUCUAUCGAUAAUUUUUAAGCCCCACCAUAACGUGUUGACUGGAAACUAUGAUGUGAAUGUACUCAUCACAGCACUAGAGUCGAGAAGGAAAAGAGUAGUCUGGCAUGAUCAUCGAAAUGGAGCUUCUUCAGUCAACCUCUCUGGAGAAACUUUGAUGGGAAUCAUGCUUAACAUUCCUGUCAGGAAGUUUGGUGGACUUUGGAGGGGUAGGCAUUGGGUUGCAUUGCGAAGCAUUGGUGGUGUUUGGUAUAACCUUGACAGUGAUCUUUCUUCACCCCAGCCAUUUCAGCGCGAGGAAGAAGUAAAACAGUUCUUGGAUAACGUAAUCAGUCAGGGUGGAGAAUUGUUGCUUGUGUUGAAUGACAGAGUCUGAGGAAUACUUUAGCAAUCACAGUUGUUGAAAUCAAACCCAUGAUCAGUUACAUCUUUGAAAUCAUGGCAUUAUUUCAGAAGAGAAUGA